AUGUCUGGCUCCGAGCGGCCGCCGGAGCAAUCAGUACCAACCACAGGGCUAAAGCGCAAGCACAUGUCAGAUGAAGACCAGGAAGAGCUGGACCAGCUAGACGGCAUCUUCAAGCGCAUCAAGACUGCUGUGCCCCGCGCGCCGUACAUACUCUCCACGCCCUCCCUCAACCCAUAUCGAUACCACUCAUCGCACGAGUCGCGCGCAUGGAUGCUGGGACACUUGUUCAAGUACGAGGAGGAAUAUCUACAGUACCGGACCUAUGUCUUUCGCGAGCCCUACCGGGACUGCUUCACCCUCCAGCCCGGUGAAGACGACGAGCCUGAGGCCCCCCGACCAAAGUCACAGUCGUCGAAUGUGGCCAGUCAAGGACCCAAGAAGAAGAUCAGCCUUGCCGACUACAAGAACAAGCAGGCCAACGGCGCCAGUGCGCCUGGCUCCAAGAAGGUUUCCCCGGCCCUGCAACCCACCAAGCCUAAUGUUGCCCAAACCAAUGGAGUGAAAACUUCACAUGCGCAAGUUCCGGCGCAUGAAUUGGAUAAGCAUGAAUUGGCGCAAUCGAAACGACCUGAGAAGAAAAUACCCGAGAAACCGGACAAGCGCGACCGAGCCGAAUCUUCUGCGUCAUCAUCAUCACAAAAGCCUGAGUCCGCAGAGUCCAAGAUCAACAUUGACAAGUCUGGCCCAUCUUCCUCGACGCCUCACGGUCUGCCGCCGCUGUUGUCACCAGUUGACCCACCCCUGAGUAACCCGCAUGGGCUGCCCACCCUUCUUUCACCUACACUUCCCCCGAGAAUUCUGGAAGAGCUCGACAGGAUAGAAACGUCACGGAAACGAGCGGACUCCAAUACUUCGACAUCAUCAUCCGAUCGCACCAAGAGUCAAAACUUGCACGUACCCGAACGUACUGCAUCGAAGAAGCCCGCUGCCACGCAGGCCGGCGAGGGUUCUCAAAGUGUCUCUCGAGCGAGGUCGAUAUCAACUAACGGGAAGUCACCGAACGAAGAUAUUGCCGACCACAGCGAGGACCACGCGCCCAGCACCAAGCCCAGCCUCAUUGUCAAGCUCAAAUACACGAAGAAGUCACGAGAGACUAUCAAAAGGCUGCUUGCUCUCCCAGCGAAAAGAGAAGGACCCGUUGCUCGCAAGGAGCGUGAUGAGCAGUCACAGAAGUCGGCGUCACAAAGCAAGGCUUCAGAUAGUGUCGAGAAGAAACCCAAACCAAUACCGAAAGUCGCGGCUCGGCGCCCUGAGUCAUCUGCGACCGCCCCCAAGGUCCCCGUACCAUCAAUCAAAGUUACUGAAAAGCGACCGCGGAGUGAAGAUGAUGCGGCUCAAGCAUCACCUGUACCAACGAAACGUCAGAGGUCAUCUACGGUACCGUCCCAACAGGACCGCCCUAUAACUCCCAGAGACCAGAUUACCUCCUCGCCAGCUACAUCAGCUAAACCAAGCGCGCAAAAGAGCUCAGGCUCGCUCGUCACACCUCGCAAAGACCUAAAGGCAGUCAACAUGCUUCGAACGAACUCCACAGAAAGCCAACAUUCCACUCCCGGAAGGUCAGGUGUGACGCCCGUAGGCUCACGUCUUGAUCCUCAGGCGUCUACAUCAGUACCGCCACUGGGAGGCAAGAAGUCAAUGGACAUUUCGUUAUUACAACAAUCAUCUAUGAAGUUGAACCAGAUGGGACGGUCACUGAAGCACGAAGGCCAGAAGCUGGAGCGCGACAAAGCAGGCAAACUUACCAAGGCAGACCAAAAGCACGCCGCCGUCAUUGGUCUCGAGUGCAUCCUCUCCUACAUGGCUGCCUACCACGCCCAAGACCAAUCCCUCCAGCUCCGCGGCCGCCCCGCCGAAGUCGAAGGCACCUGGAAAACCCUCCUCCCGCUCUGCUCCUCCUACGGCCGCCUCACAAAAGACUUCACCCACCUCGACGGCUUCCGCUCCUGCCUCGGCGCCGUCAUCGCAGCAAACAUCUGCACCCUCGUCGCGCCUCGCGCUCCGAACCCCAAAGCCCACGACUCCCCUCACGAACUCUCCGUCGCCGAACUCACUAAGCAACACAGCCAGCUCACCGAAAACCUCGGUCUCCUGUCCGACCACUACCAGAAGCUCCUCCGACACACUCAAGACGCGCGGUCUGCGCUCCCAAUGGAAGAGAUGGAAAAGACAUAUACCAAAACCUGGGCCGGCGCAGAGUGGAACACCAAGCUAUCCAAGGUACCCGAGAAAGUCAACGCUUCAAAGCUAUCCGGCCCGUACUUUCUGCCUAUCCAGAACGACACCACGCCCAUCCAGGCGGUGCGCUUCGGGCUGAAGUUUCUGGGCGAGUACUGCGAGAAAGAGAAGAUUGAGCAUCGGUUGAAAAUCAGUUUGGAUAGGGCUGAGUGA